GUCGCGAAUCGAUCAGUCAAACAAGCCAUCCGCUCGCCGGCGUCAGUCCGCCAAAGUCCAGCCAAAAUGCUGCGCCUCUUCAACCGCCUUAUCGGCCGCCACGAGAACACACUCCCGCCCUUUGACUUUGCGCGCAACAAAUACCACGUCAAGAAAAAGUGGCCGCCCAAUCUGCGCGCCUUGACAGAAAAGCAACAGUUCCGGUUCGAGCGCAAGUUCAAACGACGCAUAAAGGCGAAGUCGAUAAGGCCCAUGUGGAACAAGUGGACCAAGGUGGUGCAGUGGAGUCUUAUAAGCUUCAUCGUCGUCUAUGGUGUCUUGUUCCACGACUUUAGGAAGGAUCCUAUGAACCCACGGCCGGGCGAGCAACCUUUUGAGGGAUUGAGGCAGAGGAUGUGGGGGAUGUUGGGGGGGUUUUACACACAUACCGAAGAUGCAUUUAAAGGAGAGGAGAGGGGCUCCCGAAGGAAGGAACCCCUCAGGUCUGUGAGGGACGGCUAAAGAACCUAGGGGGAGGAGUGAGGCCUUCGUAGCCCUGUAAAAGUGACUGUUAGCGAAGGAAUCAAGAAGAACUUAA